AUGCAAGUCUCUCUUGUACUAGCAACUUCCAUCCUUCUAUUAGUUGUCUCACCAAUCGCCGCCCAGUGUAGCUUUGAAGAGCAAGAGGGUAUCCUUUGGGGGUACAAUCGAGGCGGGUGCUUUAUUUGCCAUGAUGACAGUGAUAACUUGCUCACCGACCAAGCACUUGAAGAAGCUUGCAAACAAACCUGUGCUGCAGAUCUCAAUUGCGUAGCCUAUGAAUUCUCCAAGUCGCCGCUGGAUGCCUUGAGUGUGUACCGAGGAUCCGGCAAUUGCUGUCUGGAAUAUGAUACCAAUGAUGCGGCGACUGAGUACCUGGUGUUGCCAGGGACAGCCAAUAACUGUCAAAAGGAAACUUACUGCUGGACGAGGCUACAACGGGAUACCACUGAUGCGUGUCCUUCAGAGACCUUCAGUACCCAAUGUCGGCAAAUCUACGAGUACUCGGAGCAGGUUGGAGCCGAUCAUGUCACCCUGAUUGAGCAAGGGUGUGGCAUUGAUGAUAUUGUCUACCAAUCGCUGCUCGACAGCGCCAGUCAACAAUGCAUGGAGCAGGCGUUACCACCAGAUGGCCAAGAUAGCGAAGAAAGUGACUGCCAAUUUUCAGAGCCCGUCGUUGGGGAAGCCAACUUUGGAUUAAAUCUGGGAGGAUGUUUUGCUUGUGAAAAUGAAAGUGGUGAUGCCAUGGUGUAUGGCAACGAGCUCAUGGCAGCCUGCGACCAAAUGUGCCGUGCUGAUCCCAACUGUAUCAGCUUUGAAGUGGCUCUGGCACCGGUGGAUCCAUACUACGUUUACAUCCAAUUCCCCGUCAAUUGCUGCAUCGAGUACAACCCGGUCGAUUCCAACAGUCCCUAUUUUGUGACAGGAGGCACAUCAAACAAUUGUCAAAAGGAAAUGAAUUGCUGGGAUCGCGUGGACAAGCUCAGUUCUUGCCCCGCUUCAGAACCGCAUCCUACAUGCCGACAAACAGAGUCUUUCUCGGAAGAACGAAACACCAAUUUGUUGGAAUAUGUGCGAAACGAUUGUGCGUUUGAAGACGAUGUUGUCGCUCAGACAUUGUUGGAUGCAGCCAGCGACAUGUGUACGGAAGAAACUAUCAGCCGAGAAAGCACGCCGCAAAAUACAGGUUCAUCAACAUCAUCCGACCAACAGCAAAGUACGAAAACGUCCGCUGGAAAAAGCUGGAGGGAUCGAGUGAUGUUCUUGAACUAUGCCAGCCUUUGGGUGGUAGCUCAAGGCUUGGCGACGUUUCUUUGA